GUCUUUGGUGGACUAAGUGUUGUGGACAAGACGACGGUCGAAGAAGGGGAGACGUUCACCAUGACCUGCGAUCACCUCCAUGUGAAUGGAACCGUUCCGAGAUGUCGAUUCGCCGCUUUAUAUCUGGUGUAUGAGCCUUCUGAAAUAAAGGUGGGGAUCAUACUUACAUUGGACUAUAGCCAGACAGAUGUGACGUUCAACGUAAGAUGUUACCUUUAUCUUUUUUUUUACAUUAGUGUUGCUUCCGUCAACUCAGUGUUCUUGUUUCAACUCAGUUGGAAGUCAGGAAGAUUCAAGAGUUUAUCACACAAAAACUAAAAAAAAAAAACAACAACACACGUACGACCUAUGAAAAUACGAGAUCGUUGUAUUAAAUGCGUGCCCCCCGCACAGCUUUAGUCACAUGACACUAACAAUUCUGAAUUGUUUAUAUUCUUUUAUAUUUCCAUGUGGGGAUGGGUAUUUAUGUAGUAUAUUUUUAAACGCAUGUUUAAAAAAAAAAAGUAUAUUUUAUAUUGUUAAUUUCUCGGUUCAUUUUGGUCUAAUUCCAAAUUUCAGCUCAAGUGGGUAAAAUUGAUAUCGUGGAUUUGACUUGUAAGGGCCACACAAGGGUCAGUCAAGGUCAUUACAGACCUACUGAUCUGGGUGGGGGGGGGGGGUUGGGGGUUGUUGUGUGGUAUUAUCAUCUUGUGUGGGUAAGUGUAUAUAGUUUAAACUCAUUGGAAAACAUGACUUGUUCUCAAAUUUUAGACGAAAGAGUUGACGUCGAAAAUCAAACAGACAAAUAAGGACAUACUCACUGUGUAAGCAGAAGCUAGUAAAUUCGGGAAAAUAAUGCCAAAAACUUAUAUAAUGCAUGACAACACCAUAUGCCAUAAUUUCCUUUAAGUACCACGGCACCAUAUAAUGCAAUGACACAAUAUGAUGCCAUGACCAUAUAUAAUUCAAAUAACCCAUAUAAUGCCAUGACACCAUUACAUGCCAUGACACAGUAUCUUUCCAAGACUCUCUUUCCUUCUGUUAUCUCUUGCCUGAACUUAAAAUAUUGUUCAUUUUCUCUUCUUCUGUUAUCAUUCCCAUCAAUGUAGUAUGACCUAUGAAGCUUUUUUUUUUGUUGGUCUACACUGUCUCUCCUAAAUCUAAGAUGGACAAUUCCACUUUUUCUGUUUCUUUAAUGUGAUAUUGUCUCUGUCACUUUCUUUUGAGCGAGGGCUUUUGACAUUUUAAAGCUAUAUUAAUCAGAAUUAUUUUUAAAGACGUUAAAAUAAAUAUAUAAUUUAAGAAUGUUGAUGCCAUGAAACAUUUCAUGAAAGACACCACACAAUACCUUGACGAAAGAUAUUGCCAUUAACAUCUGUAAUGCCAUACACCAUAGAAUGCUUUCAUAGAAUGCCAUGACACAAUAUAAUGACAUGAUUAAAUAUAAUGCAAUGGACCCGUUAAAUGUAAUAACUCUGUAUAUUACCAUUAAAUCUCUUAAAAUGCUAUUACACUAUAUAUAUAGUACCAUAACCAAAUAUAUUGCCAUAGCAACAUAUAAUAUCAUGACUAGAGACCGAUUGAAAGUGAUUCUCUGUUUUCGGCCGAAGCCGAAAAUAGGCCGAACGUUUAAAAUGACUUUCAGCCGAAACCUAAAAUAGGCCGAAAGUUAAAAAUGAAUUUCGGCCAAUCCGAAGCCGAAAAUGAAAUAUUAAGAUAUUUUGAAAUUCGUUCCCGCAUGCAUUCUGCAUACAUCGAAAAUGAUGGGGUAAAGUAUGAAUAUUUACAUUCUUUUUAUAAAAAAUGAGAUAAUCGUGAAUAUUAAUAAAUAAAUAUCUAAUAUAGGGGUCUCAAACUCACGGCCCGCGAGCCAUUUGUGACCCGCGAGAAGAUAUUUUGCGGCCCGCUACUGACAGAAAAGUUUAGUAUUAAUGCGCCGGCGCGUUUCCCCCCAUUCUCAUAUCUAUAACGUGACUCUCCGUGACGGUUUCAGUCGAAUCUCACCGACUAGUCUCAUUCUGAUUGUUUUAAAAAUGUUCCUAUAUAUUUUUGUAUGAUGAUUAUAACGGUAAGAACCAUAAUUGUGUAACUCGUAGCAAUCUGAUACAUUAUCAAAGAAUCCAUAUUAACAUUGCCGCUAGUGUUUACGAGUGAGGUAAACUCCAAACCUGUCCGCUUGGUCACUUUCUAAAUUUUCUUCUUAUGCCCUUUUACCCAGUCUGGGUUUCUACAUUUUUAGACUUCAAAACACAGACAUCCAUUUUUCAGCUUUUUGCUGACCCUUUCUCCUUUAAUGUGCAAAAUGCCCUGCGCAGGGAGUGAAUGGAAAAACAGACGAGCAUGGAAAUUUUUAUUGCAUUGCCCUCCACCUUCCCUGAAAUUUUUAGGUUGUUCAAGUGGAACAUACGCCUUUUACGGAGUACCUAUCUGUGAGAAUAGCUCUUUUCCACUAUGCACUUUAACGAGUCAAAGUUCAGGGCCAGACUUACUGAUGAGGAUCUUCAAGCUAUACUGAGAUUCUUAGUUGCUGCCUCACUCAAGCUCAAAGUUGCUCAGCUGUGUAAAAAGAAGCGCUGCCAGGUCUCUGGCAACAGUGAGUAGGUGGAAGAAAUGAAUCCUAGUUCUUUAGAUCCCUUAAUGUUAUUAUUGCUAUUUGUAAAGGUUGAGCAGAUUGUAACAGUUACAGUUUGUGGAAUGCUUGAUGCGGCCCGCUGUCACUCAGACACUACCUACUGCGGCCCCCCCCCCCUGAUGCUUUGAGUUUCAAACCCUAGCUCUAAUGAAUACUUUGGAUUCUACCAUUUUAAUAUAAACGUAAUUUAAAUUAGGAGAAAAUUUGGCAAAAAUGGGACGGGGGGGGGGGGGUGGGGGAAAAGGAAUGAAAAAUAGAUUCUUGGGUGCCUUUGCUUGUAUAAUAUAAUUACAACCUAGAACAUAUACCUAAAACAAUUAUUGUUACUCUAAUAGAGCCAAUAGCCACCUCAAUGCUAUUGAGGCUAUAAAAAUAUCACUACAAUGUUUCGCUGUUUUCAUAAUACUGAUGCUUUUUCUUUUCAUUAAUAGCUUGCAAGACAGCACUGUAUUAAUAUUUAAUAUAAUAAAACCAACACUAGACUCUCCGUGCUGGUGACGUAAUUAUUUCAUUCGGAGACCAAACUCCCUCACCCCCAUUGGUGGUGAAAAUUAAUUUUUUAAACCGGGUCUCUUAAAAUUAUUGUUCUGAUCAUGGUUCUCAAAGAUUGCUUAAGUUGUUCUUAACGGUCACUUUAUUUCUUCUUCUUCUAUAUCUUAAGGGCCCACGAUCAAUUUAUUGAUCAUUUUGGCUCCUAUGCAUGUAGAUGGGAUUUGCAAUGUUUCUGUUACUAGUGUUGAUGAGGAAAUUAUGCACUAGGGGUUUGAAGGCUUGAGGCAAUAGACACAAAUGUGUCUAGUGUUGUCGCCUCAACCGUUCCUUUUGAAAGAUGGUUCCAGUCCCUGAUUGUCUUGGGCAGGAAUGAGCAGCUCCUAUACUGGCUUCUUGCUGGUAUGAGCCUGAAUUGCCUGUCAUGGCCUCGUCGCUGUCUAUGGGGGAGAGGGACGCGUUUCUGUUUAAUACUGGAACAGUGGACCAGCCCAUUAGUUAUCUUGUACAUCAUGGAUAGCCUGGAUUGUCGUCGUCAUUUCUCCAAUGGUGACCAGCCUAGUGUUUCUAGCAUGCUGCCAACACUAGAGGUAUUCCUGUAGCGGUUUAGGACAAAGCGUGCUGCUCGUCACUGGACCGCCUCCAGCCUGUCAAUGCUCCCCAGACUGAAGAUGCAUAAUCUAAAAUCGUACGGAUAAAGGCUUUAUAUGCUCUUUCUUUCACACUGGAGUUGUCAAUCCUUAGAUUUUGCCUUAAGAACCCUAGGGUCUUGUUUGCUUGGUUACAUACAUUGUUAAUAUGCUCGUCCCAGCAUUUGUUUUUAAAUAUCGUUUAGUUUGUUAUUAAAGAUCGCUUAGAGUGUUCUUAAAGAUUGCUUUGUUUGUUUCAAAAAUCGUUAAGUUGUUCUAAAAUGUCGCUUUGUUUGUUGUUAAAAAUCGUUUAGUUUGAUCUCAAAUAUCGCUAAAUUUGUUCUUAAAUGUCACUUAGUUUUGUUGUUAAAUUUCACUUUCGCUGAUUAUUAAAUGACCGAAAACCCGAGUCACUUUCGGCCAUCCGGAAGUCAAUUUCGGCCGAAACCUAAAAAAAUCUGCAAGUUAACUUUUCUCAUUCGGCCGAAACCUAAAUUAAGCCGAAGGUUAACUUUUCAGUUUCGGCCGAAACCGAAACUUAGCCGAAAGGGAUAAAAUGGCCAAUUUCGGCGCCGAAACCGAAGCCGAAGCCGAAAUUCGGUCGGUCUCUAAUUAUGACCUCCUAUAAGGGCAAAUUCACACUAUAUGCCAUCAAUCCUUAAAAUACCAUGACACCAUAUAAUGCCAUAACACCAUAUAAUGCCAUGACACCAUAUAAUGCCAUAACACCAUAUAAUGCCUGUAACACAUUACUCUCUUUUCCCGUGAAAAUUACACGUUAACAUAGUUCAAUAUUCAAAUUAUGCCACCUCUCUGACUCAAUGGUUUCGUGUGCAAACAUGGUCUGUUACUUCUGACAACAUUGUAACACAUUGCUCUGACACGCUAUUUAUUAGGGUGUUGUGUCAGUAGCAUGGUUAACUGCUUCUAUAUUAAUGAUUCAACUGCCGGCUUGAGUAGAGUAAUACUUCUUCCAUUCCUUCACUUACUUAGCCAGUCACACAAAGAAGUAUAUUAAUUUCCAAUUUAAACUCACAGUACUUUAUUACGUUGUCUUUUACAAUAACGAUAUUAAGAAGAUUCCUUGCAUAAAUAUCCAGUUAAUAACAUCCACAAUGCAAUUAUUUCACACAUAUAUAUAUAUAAUAUUCCAUGGUAUAGAAAAUUCACCUCUCAGAGAAACAACCAAUUCCUCUCUUAACUAUGGCACUCGAUGUACUGCCCCUGAUCACUCAACACAACGUGCGGCUAAACUUCCGCUUUACAAAGACAUAAUUUACUCUCUUUUCCCGUGAAAAUUACACGUUAACAUUUUUCAAUAUUCAAAUUAUGCCACCUCUCUGACUCAAUGGUUUCGUGUGCAAACAUGGUCUGUUACAAUGCCAUAACACCAUAUAAUGCCAUAAUACCAUAUAAUGUCAUAACACCAUAUAAUGCCAUUGUACAAUAUAAUGUUGUGACCACAUAUAAUGCCAUAACACCAUAUAAUGCCAUUGUGCAAUAUAAUGUUGUGACCACAUAUAAUGCCAUAACACCAUAUAAUGCCAUUGUGCAAUAUAAUGUUGUGACCACAUAUAAUGCCAUAACACCAUAUAAUGCCAUGGUGCAAUAUAAUGUUGUGACCACACAUAAUGCCAUAACACCAUAUAAUGCCAUUGUGCAAUAUAAUGUUGUGACCACAUAUAAUGCCAUGAUGCCAUAUUAUACCAUGAAUAAUGGGCAUGAAACCAUAUAAUGCCAUACAUAAAUAAUGCCAUGACAGAUACAAUACCAUAAACACAUCAAAACAAAGACACCAUUUAGGGCUAUAGCACAAUACAAUACCAUGUAACCAUAUAGUGCCAUAUAACCAUAUAGUGCCAUGUAACCAUAUAGUGCCAUGAAACCAAAUAGUUCCAUGACUUAAUAGUAUUAUAAUUCCUUUACACUAUACAAUACUAUGUCAUCAUAUUGUGCCAUGAAAACAUGAAAUGCAAUAACACUAUUUAAUGCUGUGCUUCCUGAUGAGCCAUUGCGCGAUCUAAAGCCAUUAAACUAUCUAAAGUCAUGUCCCCAUAUAAUUCAUUGAUACCAACUGAUGCCUAAAAUGUAUGUAAUGCAUGACAACACCACCAUAUAAUAAUUUCCAUGAAAACUUUUCAGACCAUGACGCCAUAUCAUGCCAAUUAAACCAAAUGGUGCAUUUCUCCACAUGAUUGCAUCACACCAUUUAAUGCCAUGACAACAUAUCAUGGCAUAACACCAUAUGCUGACAUGAAUUCAUAUAAUGUCUUGAUCCCGUCUAAUGACAUAAACAAUAAGGCUCAAUGAACAUAUAUAAUGCUAUGGCAUAAUAUGAUGCCAUUACACCAUUUAAUGCCCUUGCCUUGUGUAGUGGUAGAACCUGUAUAAUACAAUGACACCAUGUAGUGCCAUGACACCAUUCAAUGCACAUACACAAUAUAAUGACAUGCCUUAAAUGAUUCCAUGACACAACACAAGGCCAUUAUUACAUGUAAUGCCCUGACAGCAUGUUGUACCAUUGAACCAAAUAAUGCCAUGAUAUCAUAUAUUGCCAUGACCACAAAUAAUGCAAUUACAAUAUAUAUUCCCUAGGCUUCAUAUAAUGCCAUGACCCCAUAUAAUGAAAUGAAAUUAUAUAAUGUUAUGACACCACCUAGUGACAUGACACUCUACUGUGCCAUGAAACCAUAUAAUGGCAUGCCAACAUAUAAUGCCAUGAUCACUUAUAUUGCCAUGACACUAAAUAAUGCCAAUGCACCACAUUCUGCCAUGAUACCAUUUAAUGCCAUGAUGCAAAUAAUGACUAUUACUCCAUAAAAUUCUACGACACCAUAUAAUGCAAUGACACUAUAUAAAGCCAUGACACUAUAUAAGUCACAAGAACUUAUCAUUCCAUAAUAAAUUACUAGCGAAUAUAUCUGGCGCUGGUCUCGAUUUAUUUGCAGAAGAAAAACAUGUUAUCAGCAAACAUAAAAAAUUUAUUUAGCUAAAAUCAAUUUUUUAUAUAAUUUCCUAUCAAACUUAAAGAUUUAUUAAAAUUCUUUAACAUAUUUAAUUUGGGACCCGUUCCGUUUCGCUAAUAUUCAAGAUGGACUCAAUGAAGAAAAGCCAUGAUUUAAAAACAAAUUGAACUUUUUUUAAAAUUUCAAUUUAAAUAAGGUGCCAAAUUUAGUGUCAUUUAUCAACAGCUUUGAAAUAGGAACCCUGACUGGAACAUAUUCUAAAAGUAGGCCAUAUUGGCUAUCCGUUAAUUAGGGGCUCUAUAAAAAUCAUUAAACUAAAAUAUUAAAAUGAAAUGUUGAAUUUUUAUCUCUUUAAAAUCUAAUUGAUUUUGCCAAUGAUGAUUUUAAUAUUGUGGUCCAGGUUCCAAAAGGACUUAGAUUUUUUUUUUGUUUUUUUUUUUAAUAUAUUAUACUGAAGUGAGUAUUUAAGUUUGGAUGAUGAACAAACAUUGUUAUUUAAAGUUUUACCAUUAACAUCGGUGUAAAGACGACUGCUUUUAGUUUAAAAUAAAAUACGUGACCCAUUCAAGAAAAGGGUGGGACCUUCUUAGUUUAAAUUCAACGAUAAUUUCCGUGUAUGGCCUUUCCAAAAAAAAAAAGAAAAAGAAAAUAAAAUUUGGAAACUUCUACACUAUUUUGGAACUUUUUUUUUUUAAAUUUAAAAAAAAAAUUUUUUUUAAUUUAAUAGUAAAAAAAAAAAAAAAAAAAAAAAUUUAAAAUAAAAUACGUGACCCAUUCAAGAAAAGGGUGGGACCUUCUUAGUUUAAAUUCAACGAUAAUUUCCGUGUAUGACCUUUCCAAAAAAAAAAAGAAAAAGAAAAUAAAAUUUGGAAACUUCUACACUCUUUUGGAACUUUUUUUUUUUAAAUUUCAAAAAAAAAUUUUUUUUAAUUUAAUCGUAGAAAAGGAGACCAGAAAGAAACCGGUAAAAGAUCAACUCAGCGAAACCGAGACCCUACCAUAUAAUUCUAUACAACUAAUGAAAAAAUCUGUCAAUUUUUUUAAAGAUCCGCAUUGACAUGUUCAGAAUUUAUAGAACAACGUUGAAAAAUGUACAGCUUUCUGGAAAAAUAAAAUUUAAAUAUUCCAGUAACUUGUUAAAAAAAAAUGACUCAAAUGAUUAAAUAGAAGACUAAAAAUUUUUAAAAGUUAUUUGAUUAUUUUAUAGGCUAUUCUGAUAAAUUCCCAAAAGCUCUACAUAUUUGAAUGUAUAUUCAAUAAUUAUUACAUGGAAAAUUUAAAACUAAAAUAUCCAAGGAAAACACCAUAACUCUAGAAAUUUUACAUGACAGUUAAAAUAAGAAGUCUGGUGGGGCCCCGUAUGACAUUUAAAAUAAGAAGUCCGAUGGGACCCCGUAUGACAUUUAAAAUAAGAAGUCCGGUGGGGCCCCGUAUGACAGUUAAAAUAAGAAGUCCGGUCGGGCCCCGUUCGAAAAGGUGACGGUAUUAUUAUAACAAAAUUCAUCAGAUAUUUAAAAGUCCUGUUAAAAUGUAGCAGUAUCUACAUUUCGACUGUAGGGGCCACCAUGAUCUGAGCUAGAAUGAAAUCAGCAAAAUUAGAAGAACUGGAUCUUUCAGCAUUACAUAAACAUUGAGGAACAAUCUUGAGUAAACUUGCGUGACCAUCACGCUUUGACUUCUAAUGCAACAGCUUAGUGAGAAGAGAUUAACUUUUGAGACAAUUAACAUAGUAGAGGCCUUGAUAGCACCGCGGACAGGCAAAAAACAACGCCUCAGUUUGGUUUCAACGCGAUUUCAAGAAUGCUAACGCAAGACAAUUCUUUUACUCAGUUGGCAUUAAUACGAGAAGGAAUUAAAUUAAAUAAUAUUAAAAAAAGGUUGAUCAAUUUGUGUGUAAAUUAAAUAUUCUAAUAUACUAGAAUGAAUGACCCGAUGUUAUCGCGAUAAUAAUGGUAGGUAAUUUGCGAUAUUUUAUACCCGCUAUUGCCAAAAAACUCUUCACAUUUCAUAACUUUAAAAAUAUAAUGAUAUUUAAGUUUCUAACAUUAAGUUUUGUGAAGUAUUUAUCUGCUUAUAUAUUAUACACCUACGCCUACGCUACUCCCUUUCAUGUUCCUAAACUACUGUUGCCCCCCCCCCCACACUAAAAAUGGGCUUAAUUUACCAAACAUAAAUUAUCACUAAUUAUAUAACUUUUGUUACUACAGAAGUUAAUUGAGGGCAGAUUUUUACACUAGAGAAAUAUUUUAGAUUUAGCCCCUUUUCGUACCCUUGAAUUACAACAUUUUUUGUCUAAAAAAAAAUGGUUAAAAAACAUUAUCUUAAAUUUAAAACAAAAAUUCUAGAUGAUAUAAAUAUAUUUUAUAUUACAGGAAUUUGUUUUAUAUUUAUUUCUUCAUACAAAAUUUUAAAACAGUUUCACAUUUUUAAAAAAGUAUACUUGAUCAGAAAAUUGCAAAACAAUUCUUUUAUCUAAAAAAAGAAUCUCGAAACCAUUUUCACGUCUAUAACAGACUUGUGUGUCUUUUUUUAAAAUGGUUAAUCUUAUAAUAAUAUACACCCAUUUCACACACUUUACUUUUCGCAUAGUAAAAACAAAAUUUUAUUUUCAUUUUUUUAAAAUAAAUUGUUAACCCAUCUCCAUUUUUAAAAAUUAAAUUUUCAAAUGUGUAAAUGAUUGUGUUCUGAUAUUUAUGUACCCAUUGGUAAUGCCAUUUGUUUUCUUAAUAUGUUUAUUUGUAAAAAGAGAAUAUAACAUCUCUUCUUUCACAAAUGUAAUGCCAUAUGAUUUAGAUAUAUAUUUUCUUCCAUGUAAAAAUGUAAAUAUCAUAUUUCCUAUUUCCUGUAUGUAUGUAGCCAAGAUGGUAAUUUAUUUAUCAAAUACAUUCCUUUAUUUUGAGACGUAUCUUGUGAUGCCUCGGGCAAGCUGACCAACCUCCCAAUUAAUACUUUUUAUUUAAAUUAAUACAAUCUUCCACAGGAUUGUAGUCCCAACCUCAUAUUUUUUGCACUUCAUAUGGUUUGUUCUUAUUUGGAUGAGUUAUAAGUGGAUUAGUAAAUGCUAUAUGGCUAUGGACUUUCGCUGCAAUGAUUAACUUAAACCGCAUUUUCUUAUUAGAAGUAUAUUUAAAGGUUAGUUUUUAUAAAGUUAUAAAUGUAAUAAAAGUAUAUCUUUGCAAUUUAAAAAUUAAAGGAAAAAUUUAAAUUUUUAAAAUACAAAGCUAAAAUAUGUGUGUGUUUUAUUAACAAUUUAGAAAGCAACCAAUUUUAUUUAUUAAAUUUAAUUUUAAGAUUUUAAGAUAACAUUAUCCCUUUCGUCAUGCGUGGUUAUUAAACCAAAGAAACCUAAGAGUUUUGGCCAAGCAGGCAAUUCGCGCUAUGACGUCAUUGAUUAUUUAGAACAAAUUAAUUUCAAUUUUAUUUCUCAAUUAUUAAGAACGCACUAAAAAUCGCACUAAAACAACUGAUAUUUGGGUUUUCCCGAUAAAUGUGAUUACUGUGUGAUUCGUUGAUCAUGGAUAUUUUUUUUUUUCAAUUUUAUUUUUUUUUCAUAACUUUCAAACACAUAUAAAAAUGCUUAAAAUAGUUCCUUAGUUGAUACUUUAAAUGUAUUUAAAAUGUAUUAUAAUAAUACUUAAAAGUUUACUAAAAUAAAAGCGGGUAAAAAAUAUGUUUACGCAUUUAAAUUUAUUUGAUUUCCGUCAAAUAAUAGAAAAUAACUAUGAUGAAUUUAAGAAUCCGAACGUACAUAAAUAAUAAUGCUUUUUUUGGCGCUAUGUCAGCACAGCGCAUUCUUAUAUAUUAUAUAACACGAGCACGAUUAAAAAAAACCCAGAAAUUUCACCAUCACCUGCAACCAGCCUACGUCAUAUUCUGCAUUACACUUACACUUACAGGUAAAUAAAAAGGCGAGUUCUCAUUGCAGAGGCAUUACAAGAUACAUCAAGUUUUCAAUGAAUGUCCUCCUCAAUCAUCCUUAUUUAAAUUCAAAUGUUCGCAUUUUAUAUUACACUUUAGUGUACGCUAUCAGUCAUGCUUCUAAAUGUUAUGUGUCACACAAAUAUUACAUUGUUAUCUGUCACAAAAAUUUCACAUUGUUAUGUGUCACACAAAUUUCACAUUGUUAUGUAUCACACAAAUUUCACAUUUUUAUAUACCACACAAAUUUCACAUUGGUAUAUAUCACACAAAUAUUACAUUGUUAUAUGUCACAAAAAUUUCACAUUGUUGUAUAUCACACAAAUUUCACAUUGUUAUAUAUUACACACUAUUCCUAUUGUUAUAUAUCGCACACAUUUCCCAUUGUUAUUUCUCAAACUAAUUUUACAUUGGUAUAUUUCACCCAAACUUCACAUUGUUAUAUAUCACACAAACAUCACAUUUUGAUGUAUUACACUAAUGUUACCUUGUAGCGCAUCACACACACACUACCAAGUAAUCUAAAAUACAAUUCCUCAACAUAAAAGGUUCCUUCAGGUCGGGACUGGACCAAAGAUUGCCACAGAACAAGAGACCUACUGGCCAUCGAAACAUAUGGUUGCAAAAUAAUCGUAAAGAAUGCAAAGGUUGCCGACAGUGGUCGAUAUGAAUGUCAAUUUGGUGUAUUUUGUGAUGAUAAUGGUCCUUGGACACUAUUUCAAGGCUACUCCGUUGUCACUGUCAAAGAAGGUUAAGUAUCAUAAAAACACAUUUUUUAUACAAAAUUAUUUUCCUUGAAGAUGGAAUGUUUUUAUGUUCAUUCACCCAAGCAUUUUAGUCAAUACACAGAAGUGUUAAAAGACACCAUGAACUGUUAAACGAGACAAAGAAUUGUAACACAACACAAGAGACAGUUACACGACAUUAAGAUGAUUAGUAAUAACAUGGUAAUGUUAUACACUAAGAACUGUUAUAAAACAAAAAGAAAUAUUAUACAACAACAUGAUCUGAAACACAAGACAAAUGCCUUACAAACAACACUAGGAACUAUCUUAAAAGAACUGAUACACAAAUGAUAUAAACACCAAGAACUGACAAUCAACAUUAAGAAAUGAUAUCAAACUCAUGUAUCGGAAAUGCAGGACCAGAAAAUAAGAUAAACUACCAAGAACUGUCAUACAACGACAGAUCAUUUUAUACAACUUUGAAACUCAUACACAACACCAGGAACUUUUAUAAAACAUCAAGAAUUCAUACAACUUUUUAUAACUGAUUAUACAACCAUGAAAUGUUAUAAGAGAUAAAGUAUUUAAUGUAACUUUGGAACUGAUAUGCAACACCAGGAACUGUUAUAAAAUAUCAAUGAAAAAAAAUCAAAUUUCAAACUGAUGCACAAGAAUUUGGCUUGACAUAAAAGACAAGGCCUGUUAUUCAACACCAAGAACUGGCAUUAAACACAAGGCCUGUUAUUCAACACCAAGCACUGGCAUUAAACACAAGGCCUGUUAUUCAACACCAAGAACUGGCAUUAAACACAAGGCCUGUUAUUCAACACCAAGAACUGGCAUUAAACACAAGGCCUGUUAUUCAACACCAAGAACUGGCAUUAAACACAAGGCCUGUUAUUCAACACCAAGAACUGGCAUUAAACACAAGGCCUGUUAUUCAACACCAAGAACUGGCAUUAAACACAAGGCCUGUUAUUCAACACCAAGAACUGGCAUUAAACACAAGGCCUGUUAUUCAACACCAAGAACUGGCAUUAAACACAAGGCCUGUUAUUCAACACCAAGAACUGGCAUUAAACACAAGGCCUGUUAUUCAACACCAAGAACUGGCAUUAAACACAAGGCCUGUUAUUCAACACCAAGAUGCUAAAACACUUGCAACCGAAAUACAACGCCAGGAAAGCACGUACACGUCUUGGAACUGACAUGAUAUUUGUCACAUGUUUAAAUCUAUGUAAAAAAAAAAAAAACAAUACUACUAAAUUAGAAUGACUAAGAACACCAGCCACGUCAUGUGUCUGAAGGAUUUCCUUCCAAUGGAUUUUAACGUUCUGAUAUUCAUGUUUCUCAAGAACCAAUUUUUUUUUUUUUGAAUCUGGCCAUCGAAGCCCCUCUCUGAAUAAUUUAAUGUUUAGGUUCGUGGUGAUAUGAGCAACUGCUCUGGCAUUGAAUUUAAAGCCGCUAUGAUUAUUAUCAAUGUCUUUUUUUUUAAAUUGUAUAAAAUUAAUAACUCCUUGCGGUGAUCUCAACAUUAUCUUUCUGUAAUAAUUCAAUCAGAGAAUGUCUGAGAAUGUAAAAUUAAUUCACUGUUUGUUUUCAUUAUUAACCAUCCCAAAGCCGCCCCCUCCCCUUUUCCAAGGGUGAUUAUAUAUAUAUAUAUAUAUAUAUAUUAUUCUAGAUAUCUUGAAGAUGUCACGUCUCUCUCUAUAUUGCCCAGUUUCAUGUUUGACUGGAAGUGAUCAAUUACUUCAGUUCUUUUGAUGAAUUUUUUUGGCACUGAGAUAUCUAUCUAUCCUCUCUCUCUCUCUCUCUCUCUCUUUCGCUCUCUCUCUAUCUCUUUAUAUAUAUAUUUUUAUUUAUCUAUAUAUAAUAUAUAUUGUUAUGGCAUAUCUGUAGGCCUAUUUUUAGGCACCGCCCUUUGCCUGCCCUCUGUUUUGCAUUGAUCCUGACGCAACGGAUGAAAUGUCCCUCCUUACCCACCCCUUGAUUGGGAAAAGAUGUGUUUUUACUUUCGAAUUCAUUUUUUUUUUUUUUUUUGGUCUUAAGAAUGCGGUUGGAAGAUGCAUCAACUAGAAUUUCAGUACUAAAUGGUUCUGAUUUUUUCACCGGAUGUAGGUCGGCAGCUUUCCUAGCCAACCACCAAUUUGGUUUUAUUUCCUAACACAAACCAGCAGUUACAUAAUUAAAAUAUUGUUCUUAAAUAAAUUCAAUGGGAAAAGAUGUGUUUUUACUUUCGAAUUCAUUUUUUUUUUUUUUUUUGGUCUUAAGAAUGCGGUUGGAAGAUGCAUCAACUAGAAUUUCAGUACUAAAUGGUUCUGAUUUAUUCACCGGAUGUAGGUCGGCAGCUUUCCUAGCCAACAGACAAUUUGGUUUUAUUUCCUAACACAAACCAGACGUUACAUAAUUACAAUAUUGUUCUUAAAUAAAUUCAAACUCUUGUGGAAGAUACCAUUAUGUUCCUUGUUAGGAGGCCAGGAGUCCACUGUCCCACUAUUCCUUGUGUGGAGGUCCAGUGUCCUCUGCCCCACUGCUUCUGGGGUGGAGGUUAAGUUUCCACUGUCCUACUGGUUGUCCGCCAAUGCUUUAAAGAUGUUAUAAAAUAAGAUAUGAUCACGCCUCUUCUGCCGGCAAAUGCUAGUAGAAUGACGCUUGCCUAUAAAGGUAAUUACUUUUGCAGAAUAUUUCACAACCCAAUUAUCCACGUACUGUGAGACUCGUGUUCUCAUAUUCAUAAGUUAAAUGAAGGUAUUCACGUAUGCAGAUUUUGUAAAAACACAUUUUCCCACGUAUUACUUGCAUGCUAUGGACUGUUUAAUUCAAUGCUCUCUUACUAGAGAUUCUAGUUUGAUAAAUUGUUUGUUCUAUAAGACGUACGUUUUGUAAUCCCACAAAGGACGCAGGCCUUCUCGUCAAUCCUUUGUAGAUUCAUCUGUAACAGAUUUUAAAGCCUUUGGUCCUUUUCUUAUCAACGUCAAGAAUUACGCCCCAGAGCGUAUGUUUAGACAAAACGCCUAAACACAGAGGAAGCGCAAUUUUGUCGUUUGGCUCAAAUCUAAAAUUGCGUGUUACCGUGCUGCCCCUGGUAAACCUUAGACAGAGAGUCUUCAGAUUCCACACUGGACGUCUGCGUGGCAAAAGACAGGAAUGCUUCAAAAAAUUUGGGGUGAAAAUUGGUCUAGUUAAUUAAAGAAGACACAAUUGCCGUCAUUGAUACUGCUGCAAAGCAUUGAUUGAAAUUAUAAGAAGGGCCCAACAUCACUUCUUCCUGAGAAUAUUGUUGUGAUAUUUUCAAGUAUUUUAUUCAUUCAUUCGACUCUUUUAUAAUGUCUUUUAAUUGACAUGUUGGCACAUUGACAUGCGUGCAUAUUCACAUGUUGGCAUAUUGACAUGUUUUGGCAUAUUGACAUUUUGGCAUAUUGACAUGCUGGCAUAUUGACAUUUUGGUAUAUUGAGAUUUUGGCUUAUCGAUAUGUUGGCAAAUUUACAUGUUGACAUAUUUGGCAUGUUGAAACGUUGGGUUAUUGACAUUUUGGUAUAUUGACAUGUUGGCAUAUUGAUAUGUUGGCAUAUUGGCAUGUUGGCAUAUUGACAUGUUAGUACAUUGACAUGUUGGUAUAUUGACAUGUUUGCAUUUGACAUGUUGGCAUUUGACAUGUUGACUUAUUGACAUGUUGGCAUAUUGGCAUGUUGGCAUUUUGACAUGUUGGCGCAGUUUUUGUGAACAUCUCAAAAGUUUGAAAGUUUUUGUAAAUUAAAGGCUCUAGCCGCAUGUCCUGAUCCUUUUCUAUUUUCACGUUGAGAAAGCCUUUGGUCGCCAACAACCUCACUUUGGUUUACAUAGGUUCACUUUUAGUCAGUGCAGUUUUUAGCGCAGGUCGAUCUAAAUUCAAAAUCAUACAUUUAUUAUUUUGCAUUAAAAUAUCACGCUAUUUUAUUCACAGUCACAACAACAUCAAUUUCAACAGUGUCAACAACGGACACCACCUUCAUUGGUAAGUUGAUUUGUUGAAUCUUUUGGACUCUACCUUCCAUGGUAAGUUGAUAUGUUGAAUCUUUUGGACUCCACCUUCCUUGGUAAGUUGAUAUGCUGCAUCUUUUUGACACCACAUUCCUUGGUAAAAUGAUAUGUUGAAUAAUCGUGACUCUACCUUCCGUAGUAUUUUGAUAAGUUGAAUCUUUCGGAAUGCACCUUCCAUGGUACGUUGAUAUAUUGAAUCUUUGGGUAAAGAUUUGUUUAUUUUCAAAAGUAAUUGCAUACUUAAAGAUUUAAAAAAUCAUACCAAAAAAAUCAAUAGGAAUAAAAUUAAAAAUUGAUAUUCCUUAGAAAAUAUUUAAAAAAGAUAAAUAGAAUCUUGAGGUUUUCGAACUCCCGCUGUGUGUCCACUGAUGGACAGUUAAAGCUUACAUUUUUUACUGUUAUCAAAUCUUCUCAUAAACAAAACAAGAAAUUUAAUAUUGUAUUCACGAUAGUGGCCCGCAAAAUAAAAAUUUUAAAAAAAUAUACACUUUCAACCCUCUGCCCCCCACCCCACCCCUAAUAUGUUACACUAAAUAAAAAACAAUCAAAAGAACUGUUUUAAAAAAGCGUGGAUGUUUAUUAAGAUUUACAUGUAGCGCAACAGCCUCGAGAUUUCUUCAAUACACACUUAUUUAAGUUCAUUAUUAUAGUAUUGUUUAGUGUUGACCCUUCAAAUCAUUCUAAAUUGUUAACACUAGUAAAAUUAUCUUACGAAUGCUAGGAAAACAGAGUGACAACUUCUAGCAUAAAAUAUUUAAGAAAACAAUCUUAAGCCUAUAAAACAAUUGUGUUUUUUAUACUUACAGAUUGGAGACUAACAGAAACUACCACAGAGCUUCCUACAGGUGAGGAUGCUAAACAGUAAGCUAAAAAUAAAACACUUUUAUUUUCUUUACAAUAAAUAGAUCUUCUUCAAUUGUGUCUAUAGAACACAUUGUCACCUGUCCGUCAUUGUGAGUCGAUGGUUAAUCGUGAGUUAUAUAAGCACAACUCUGAGCAAGCCAUGAGACUGAUACUGUAUUGACAGUGUUAACUUAUGAGACUGAUACUGUAUUGGCAGUGUUGACUUUUGAGCCUGCUACUGUAUUUGGAAAUGUUGACUUUUGACACUGCGACUUUAUUGGCAGUGUUACUUAUGAGACUGAUAAUCUAUUGGCAGUGUUGUCUUAUGGGACUGAUACUGUAUUGGCAGUGUUGACUUAUGAGACCGAUAAUUUAUAGGCAGUGUUGUCUUAUGCGACUGAUACUGUAUUGGCAGUGUCACAUCCACUUUUUAUGAAAACCUUGAUUGAUCGACUACUUUGUCCUUUCGUUUGCUCUAUUUUAUUACCAGGAGUUAGUUUUUUCGUACCCUUAAACCUAAACUAACAUUUCGCAUUUGUGCGCCAGGCGUAACGGUCACCUGCUAUGCUCUUCUAUUAAAUUCACAUUUCGCUUUUGUAAGCCAGGCAUAACGGUCAUCUACUAUGCUCUUCCAAUAAACUCAAAUUUUUCCGAAGUACACCUGCCAUAAUGGCCGUCUGCUGUGCUCUUCCUUAAACUCAGUUUGGCCGCUAUACGCUUGCCGUAACCCAAUCCUCUUCCAUUCAACUCCAAUUUUGGAUGAUGUACGCCAGCUGUAACGGUCACAUGCAACACACUUCCCUUUAAUUCGCAUUUGGCUGAUGUACCCCAGCUGUAACGGUCACAUGCAAUACACUUCCCUUUAAUUCGCAUUUGGCUGAUGUACGCCAGCUGUAACGGUCACAUGCAAUGUACUUCCCUUUAAUUCGCAUUUGGCUGAUGUACGCCAGCUGUAACGGUCACAUGCAAUACACUUCCCUUUGAUUCGUAUUUGGCUGAUGUACGCCAGCUGUAACGGUCACAUGCAAUACACUUCCAUUUAAUUCGCAUUUGGCUGAUGUACGCCAGCUGUAACGGUCACAUGCAAUACACUUCCCUUUAAUUCGCAUUUGGCUGAUGUACGCCAUCUGUAACGGUCACAUGCAAUACACUUCCCUUUAAUUCGCAUUUGGCUGAUGUACACCAGCCUCAACAAUCCUAUGCCAUGCCGCUCCAUUAAGUAUGAAAUGUUGAUUGUAAUGCUAGGCUAAAAUUUUGUAUGUGACUAUACGCAAUGAUAAUUUAUCUUUAAAGUAAAUUACAAUGCAAUACUUAUUUCCAGGAACCACCAAAAAAUCAGAUGCAUCCAGCAACUUUGGAAAGAAAACUAGCAUUGGACUGUGUCUCGGGAUAAUGACUGCAUGUCAACUAGCAUUGGACUGUGCCUCGUGAUUAUGACUGCAAGUCAACUAGCAUUGGAUUGUGUCUCGUGGUGAUGACUGCAAGUCAAUUUGCAUUGUACCCAGUCUCAAGAUGAUGGC